CAGGCAUGAGGGCAGAGGGGAUGUCACCCCUCCUGGCUCUGGGGCUCCUGGUAGCUGGGCUCUGCUCCAGGGUCCACUGCCUCCCAGAGGGUGCACUUGACCUGGAGAAGGUGACCCAGGAGGACCAGCACAGAGAGGCAUCUGUGGACAACUUCACAUUAGCCUCCAGCAACACCAACUUCGCCUUCAGCCUCUACAAGCAGUUGGCUUUGAAGACCCCCAAUGAGAAUGUCAUCUUCUCCCCACUGAGCGUCUCCAUGGCCUUGGCCUUCCUGUCCCUGGGGGCCCGCGGCACCACCCUGACGGAGAUCCUCGAAGGCCUCAAGUUCAACCUCACGGAGACCCCUGAGUCAGAAAUCCACCAGGGCUUCCAGCACCUCCUGCAGACGCUCGGCCAACCCAGCAACCAGCUGCAGCUGAGCGUGGGCAACGCCAUGUUCGUCCAAGAGCAGCUGAAGCUGCUGGACAAGUUCAGGGACGACGCCCAGGCGCUGUACGCGGCCGAGGUCUCCUCCAUCAACUUCCGGGACCCCGACACCGCCAAGAGUCUCAUCAACGACUAUGUGAAGAAUAAAACCCAGGGGAAAAUUGUGGAUUUGUUCAAGAGGCUUGACCCACUCACAGAAGUGGUCCUGGUGAAUUACAUCUACUUCAAAGGUGGGCGCCCGGCUCGGGGUUUGGGAAGAAGCACGCUUUUAGCUCUGAGGCUUCAGCGCUAUGUCUGUCCCGGCUCAGCCAACUGUGUUGUUAGCAAAACCUUGUAGAGGAGGCUGCCCUCGGCUCAGGGGGUGGUGGGCACCGGGUCCUGCCCCGACCGCAGGCUUUGUCUCUCCUGUCACAGUGGUCACUGGAGGACGGAAGCGCAGGGGAGCCCACUAACCCUUUGUGUGAGGCAGAGGGAGCCUUCUUAUUGUGACUUAAAUUUGGGCAGCUGCCGGAAGGCAGGAGCUUUCCUUUCAGAUCCCU